AUGGCAUUAAGUGUGGCAUUUCCUUGUUGGCAGAACUCACCGAAGCGCCGCAGCAUCCAUGCAUCGUCGUUGACAGGGGCAACACUGUGUACGCCAAGCCCGGAAAGCGGAAGAGUGGCCAGGCGCAGCCUCUACAGCUGCUAUACCCUCUACUUUCGCCGCUGGCGAUACUACGAAGAUCGAGCCCGGCGCAAUCUGCGAAACCGGGCAUACAACAUUUUCAUGAAGAACCGGUACAAGAAGGCAAUGAAGAAGGUCCUGCGAUACGUGGUUGAGUUGGAAUAUGGAGACAAGCAGCCUGCGAGUCACCAGGAGGUAAUGGACGAGGUGAAGGACAUACUUGAUGAAGCAUGCGAGACAAUCGACGAGGUAACAGUGCAGGGGGUGCUCCACCGCAACACUGCCGCGAAGCGGAAGGAUCGUCUUUUCCGUGGCAUUCUCCGGGCAUGCAUAAAGAAAGACCUAUUGCCUGAGCGGUCGGACGAGGACCGGUUCACGCCUGCCUACAAGCUUAUAGGCUACACUUUGCCAGAAUGCAACUUUGUGCGAGAGCCGCGGCCGUGGCAGCUGCCAGGAUGGAAGUCACCCUGGAUGCUGAAGUGGGAGUGGGAAAAGUGGCGGAAGCUGACUGGACGCAAGUGA